AGUCGUGGCUGCUGUCUCUGUUUUUAUUUAGGCGCGCGAUAAGCCUGACGACUUUGCACUCGUAAUCACAACCCUUGUCCCUCCAACUCACGACCAGGAUUAUCUAGAAGCCAAGAAGGAUUUGUCGAUCUUCCACCUUCUUUGGUCAUCUCUCACACGACACCAAGCAGGGCACGUCUCCACCAAACAAAGAUCGAUCAGGCACACGACCACUUUCCCAGCCUGGUUGUUUCUUCUUAUACUUGCCUUUCCCGACUUCCGGACUACCUUUUGUGCACCAUUCUUUUCCGACUUCUGGAAUAAUCUCACACUCACACACUGGACUCAUCAUGCGUCUGAUCAACAUUCUCCUGGCCACGACGGCUCUCGCUAUUGGAUCUGAUGCCCGCCCCAUGAAGGUCCCCACAGAAGACAUACCUCGCAAGCGUGACGCAGAUUUCGAGAGUGUACGGACGCGUCUCACCACAGAUCACAGCGGCAAACGUGGUGAUCCUAGAGACAAGUAUUUUCACGAGUCGACUUUCCAUCCCCAUAUGGAUGGUCGCUUUGGUGACAGGGUCCUGAGCUACGAUGACCGCCGAUCGAAUCUCACAGCCUUGAUGCGAACUUAUCUCUCAACCAUGAAUGACAUUGGUGCCGAGACAUGGAUCAUGCACGGAAGUCUUCUCGGCUGGUUCUGGAACAGGAAAAUCAUGCCUUGGGACUCUGACGUCGACGUUCAGAUGACAGAAAAGUCGAUGGAGCACUUGAGCGACUUCUAUAACAUGACCGUUCAUCACUACAAGCUUCCGUCUUUCCCGGAAGGUCGCGAUUACAUGCUCGAGAUCAACCCCCACUGGAGGAACAGCAGUACGACUGAUAGCCUCAACGUUAUUGAUGCUCGCUGGAUCGACAUGAGCAACGGCUUGUUCAUUGACAUUACCACUCUUCACCGCAACACCACUGCCGAGGCACUUGGUAUUGAGGGAGCCAUGAUGUGCAAAGACAAGCAUCACUUCAACUUCACCGACAUCUUCCCCCUGCGCGAAAGUGUAUUCGAGGAUACCCCUGUCAAGGUUCCCUACGCAUAUACCGAUCUUCUCGCAGAAGAGUACGGCUCCAAGGCACUGGUCAAGACAACAUUCGAGAACCAUCACUUCGAUCAACAGAAGAUGGAGUGGAUUCCUCUCUCGUAAGUUUACUGUCCCCUCUCUUUUGUUUUUCUUUUGUCCCCUAUCGCAUGCCAGGCAAGG